AUGACGCCCCCCCAGCUCUGUGUGUGGGGCCGCUUCAACCGCACCGCUGCCAGCAUGUGGGGCGGUGCCAGCGCCACGCGGGAAGCCGACAACGGCACGGCGCGCCCCGCGGAGGGAUGCGGCUCGGUCUCGGUGGCGUUCCCCUUGAGCAUGAUGCUGACGGGCACGGUGGGCAAUGCCCUGGCCAUGCUGCUGGUGUACCGCACCUGCCAGAAGAAGGAGAACACGCGGAAGAAGUCCUUCCUGCUGUGCAUCGGCUCCCUGGCGCUGACCGACCUCAUCGGCCAGCUCCUCACCAGCCCCGUGGUCAUCGCCGUGUAUCUGGCCAGCAGGAACUGGCAGGAGUUGGACCCCUCGGGCAACCUGUGCGCCUUCUUUGGGUUCUGCAUGACUGUCUUCGGCCUCUGCCCCCUCUUCAUCGCCAGUGCCAUGGCCGUAGAAAGGACCCUGGCCAUCAGAGCGCCUCACUGGUACGCCAGCCACAUGCGAACCAGGAUGACCAAGACUGUCUUGCUCAGCAUCUGGCUGGCAGUGUUUGCCUUUGCUCUCCUGCCCAUAGCUGGCUUAGGGCAGUACACCCUGCAGUGGCCCGGCACCUGGUGUUUUAUCAGCACCGGGGACAACCACGGUGUGGGCAACACCUUCUUCGCUUCAGCCUUUGCCUUUCUGGGACUUUGCUCUCUGAUCGUCACCAUGGCAUGUAACUUGGCCACGAUCAAAGCUUUAGUGGCUCGGUGCAGGACCAAACCCUCAGCAUCUCAGUCCAGCAAGCAGUGGGGGAGAAUCACCACGGAAACACUGGUCCAGCUGUUGGGGAUCAUGUGUGUUCUCUUUGCUUGUUGGUCACCACUGUUGAUUAUGAUGUUGAAAAUGAUCUUCAGUCACAAGUCGGUUGAACGCUGCAAGCCAUCUGACAACACAGUUCAAAGCAUAGAACUGCAGAAAGAAUGCAAUUUCUUCUUGACGGCUGUUCGCUUGGCCUCUCUAAACCAGAUCUUGGACCCCUGGGUUUAUCUGCUAUUAAGAAAAAUUCUCCUCCGAAAGUUUUGUCAGGUAGCAAAUGCUAUCUCCAGUUGUUCUGAUAAUGGAUGGAAAGGGCAACCUAUCAUGUUAACAGAUGAAAUCAGACAGACAGCAGCAUGA